AGACCCCUCUGACUGUGACUAAACAAAAAGAUUUUGAAAUUUUAGUGACAGUUUGCCCAAAAACUCAGAGUGUAGAUCUUUGUUUUUGUUCUUCGAGCUACUACGUUGGGGAAUAUAAAGCAUUAAAUAUUCAAAAACUACCUGCUGGAUGGGAUUACCGCGGGUUGGUUUCAUUUCACAGCAGCAGCGCUCUCAGAUAAACUGUCCAAGCAGUUGGACCGUGUCUGUCGGCGUUCGGGACAUAAACUGUGGAGUCUGUUUUAUCGGCAAUCCGGAGCGGUAAUGUCUACACCGUCUCUACAGUCCCUCUCCUUGGAAGACGAGGAUUAUUUGUCUUCAGAUGACUUUGACACAGAUUUGGAGUCUGAUGAAAAAGAGGAGAGCGUGAAGCAGACGUCUGUAGCUGACAUCUACCUGCAGACCUGUGAGCACGUGCACGUGGUGCCCGUCUCUUACUUCAUACGAAACCUGCACUCCCCCACCAUGACCCUCAGCCAUCACGGCCUUGGACCUCUGGGGUCCAGGGCACUCGCUGUUGCUUUAGCGGCCGACGUGCACAUCAGCACUCUGGAACUGGCAGAUAAUCACAUUCUGGCUGAAGGAGCUGCACACCUCGCUGAGGCGCUGAGGGCAAAUUUCACUGUUCAGCACCUGGAUUUAUCUAACAACCAUCUGCAGUCUGCAGGAGCAGAGUGCACUGCCAAAAUGUUGCAGCACAACAUUUCAAUAAAAACUAUUAAACUUGCAGGCAAUGAAUUUACUGACAACGAUGCAAAAUACUUUGCAGAUGCCUUGUCGAGCAACUCCAGAAUAAAAGAACUGGACCUGAGCCAUAAUGAGUUUUGUGGAAAAGGAGGAGAAUAUUUGGGGCAGCUGUUGGCAACCAAUGAAGGUCUGGAUGUUCUGGACCUGAGCUGGAACCACCUCAGAAUGAAAGGAGCCGUUGCUUUCUGUGCCGGACUCAAGGUGAAUAUGACAUUGAAACACCUGGAUUUAUCGUGGAAUGGUUUUGGGAAUGAGGGGGCUCUGGCCAUGGGCGAGGCCCUAAAAUUCAACAGCACUCUGCUGCAUCUCAACCUGAACAACAACCGCAUCAACAAUGAAGGCGUCGGCAUGCUGUGCCGAGGCCUCGUGGCCAAUGACACGCUGCGAGUCCUUAUGCUGGCGUACAACUCGUUAACAGUAGAGGGAGCUCUGGCGCUGGUCCGCAUGGUGAAGAAUACAUCGAAAACCGCUCUGGAGGAGAUCAACAUAUGUAAUGUGUUGGUAAAUGAGAACUUUGUGCAGCUGUUGGAGGUGACAUGUCAGGAACAUCCCAGUCUGGAGGUGCAGUACGGAGGCGUAGGAGGCUUCAUCGCCAAAAAACAACCAAAACGCCCCAAUCCAAUGAAAAUCAUCCAGGAUUAUCUGGAUCAGCACAAGCUACGUCUGUGGGAUUUUUUCCGGAACAUUGACAAAGACGGCACCAUGCGAGUCCCUGUUGCUGACUUCAGGAAGGCCGUGCAGCAAUCAACCGUUCCUUUGGAUCGAUACCAGAUUGAGGAGCUGAUUGAAAGACUUGAUCGUGACGGGACAGGAAUGGUUGACUACAGGGGACUGGCAGACACAAGGAAACAGAUGAGGAGGGACCAUUGGCGCCAACUGAAGAAGGUGGAAUCACGUCAGAAAAAGGAGAAACACAAAAGCGACAGGAUCCUGAAGACCUUCCAGAGUGCUGUGGAAGCGGUUACACCACGAGGCUCCAUGGUUAUGUCUCCAGGAGGACCCAAAGAGGACUCCAGUGGCCCCCAGCCAUUUUUUGCCACCCCGCUUAGUUCUUGGCACCACAUCGUCUUGUCAAACAGUAGUUGCUAUUCUGUUACCAACAUCAGCAGCGUCCACCUACCCAUGAUAGGAGGGUCCACACCUUAUCGGCCCACAAGUUCUCCAGCAAUACGCUCCUACUCCCAACCAAACCUCUCAGGAGACUCUCCUCAGUUUUCCCUCGGCAAGUCCGUCUCUGCCCAGGGAACGCGCUCAGACCCAGACAUGACCCCAGGGAAGCUUACCCACAGUGGUAACCACCUGAUCAGGUCCAGGCCUUCUCUGAACACCAAGCAGCUGGAGGUGAAAGUCAUAACCAAGAACGUGAAGAAAAAGAAAGUGAAGAAAUACGCUGAAAAACCCUUCAAGAACCCUAACCCUGACUUGCAAAUUAAUAAUAAACAAUAAUCCUCCUCAUGAAGUUCU